AUGGAUCCCAGCGGCCCCUUGUUCAUCGCCCAGGAGGCCCUGUGCUUCUACCCAAUCAGCACCAUCUAUGACUCUUGUCCACGAUACCUUUUCUACGCUUUACUUCUUGCGAGCUGUGUUACACGCUGGACGGGAUGGCUUGCAGAUGUGUUUUUGGGAGCCGCAGCAACAUACGCUGGCACCGCUGCAAUCGAGUCAUUCAUUCUUGUCGCCAGUCGCUCCAAGCAAGAAGAUCCAGGACCUGUCACAAUUCCGUAUCUCUCAAAAAAUACGACCCUAUUGAGCAGCUUCCCACAGCUGGUCACGCAGACUGACACGAUCUUCGUUCAGCCUGCGGCUCUGGAGCUGGACGGCGAUGCUGUGAUGGCAAUAGUUGUUACGGGGUAUCUCGUCUUUCUCCCGCUACAAUCCUGGUCGCGAGUCUUAACUCAUGAAAGAGCUCGAAACUUGUUAUUCUAUCUUUGGAAUAUCCUGAUGAUGGCUGGGUCGAUCUGUUCACUUGUCUACGCUGCCAACAAGAAGGAAAGUCCGACUCAAUAUAUGUUCUGCUACCCGGAUAUCCCACCAUACCAGUCUACUACGAAUGAUGGGUGGCAGAGUUAUUGGAGACCGACAACAUGGAAUAACAGUGUUUGGGAAACCUUCUCUAAUAUUACUAAAUGGGGCGAGAUUGGUGAUAUCUGCUAUAAUCCUUGCUUCAACACUAGUCAAAUUCUACGACAAGCCUCAACACUUCAAUCAUGGGUUCCGGAUCAGGGGUCUGAAGUCUCACAUGGAACCAAAAUCUGGGAAAAGCUCAUUUAUUCCAAACGAUACAUCUACAGCUUGAUUAUCCUUUGCUUCAUUUUGAACGUCAUUCUUCUCACAUUCAAAUUUCUUCCAUACGAAUCGCGAAUCCCGUCUGCUCAGAUCGUCGUGAUUUGGAAAGAAAGAAGAUCGAUUUGGAAAAGUUUCAAAGAAGAGCUACAUGACAGCUUCUUUUUCACAGCACCGGGGACUGAGCUGAAAGAAAGAAUUUCCCGAUCGGAAAAACCUGUGUCAGUCUGGAGUCGAGUUCGACCCAUUUUUACAGUACGCUUCAUGAGGGCUUUCUUUCGCGUAUUAGCCGACGUUGGUAUUCUAUUCGGGCUUGUGUUCAGCAUGAUUAUUAGCCCUUUGACUACUAUUGCUUUUGUGGCGUGGAUUGAGUGGUGGAUUUACAAUGAUGGGCCCUCUCAGGAGAGUCCACAGCAGGUUGGACAGUGGUCCUAUCUUGUUUCUAUUUCCUUGCUUUUGGUAUCUGCGGCUAUUCUCACACUCAAAUAUCGACUCGCUUCCAAGUCUGAGUUGGAUGGUGAGAUAUCAAGACUAAGGGCCCAUCUUGAAAAACUAGAGUUGAGGAGGGAUGCUCGGAGUGAAUCUGAGACUAAUGCACUGACUGAGAAUGUUGCUUAA